GAGUAUAAUUGAGGAUGCUUGGUUGAGAUAUGAUGAUGUUACACGGAUGGUUUAAAAGAUCCAGUGACAGGUCGUUCAGGAGUUUCUGUUUAUAUUCCAAAGUUUCAGAUGACUAUUAAGAAAAGAUUAUCAAAGUAUCGGUAUUCACGUCUCAGAUGUUUGGUAUUGUUUUAGCCUUGGAAUGGACCGAAGAAGCACGCCCUGAUUAUGUACUGCUGUAUUCUGAUUCGUUUUCUGUCUUGACAUCUAUUAAAACAGACAUUUACAUGAAAAUAAAGAAAUGCAAUAGAAUUUAUGGAACACUCUACAUAGCAAAGACUAACAAACACCAAUGUACAAAAUAGGACAAAUCACGCCAAUAAUAAAAAGGUGAUGGCUGAAAAUUAUGAUGAUUGGCUUUCUCUUCGACCACGUGAGCCUCUGCCUACUCAGUGUUGUGGUAGUGGUUGUAAUCCCUGUGUAUUUGAUAUUUAUGAGAAGGAACUCAUGCAGUGGAAGCAGGCAAGAACUAAAGGAGUUCAACAUCUUCUGAGUAAGGAUAAUGAGUCAAACCAGAAUGAUUUGCAGUUAAUUGCACCUGAAAAAUGGAGUGCUUUUCAGAUAGUAUGUGUGGAGCAGCAGACAGCUGACACUUAUUUAUAUAGAUUCCAGCUUCCCAAUGGUUGCUGUCUUGGAUUGACUGUAGGACAGCACAUUGUGGCAAGGGGCGUUAUCAAUGGUCUGGAGGUCCAAAGAGCAUAUACUCCAGUGAGUCCUCUGAAUGCAGAAGGUUAUUUUGAAGUUCUGAUAAAGAUCUAUAAAGAUGGAUUAAUGUCUCAACAUGUAAAGACCUGGAAGGAGACGGAUACUGUUUGCUGGAGGGGCCCUUUUGGAGGGUUUCCAUACAUACCAAAUCAAUAUGAGCAGCUGCUGCUGUUUGCCUCAGGAACUGGUAUAGCUCCAAUGGUACCCCUGCUCCAGUAUAUUGUGGCAGAUGAGGACGACGAAACGUUUGUUACCCUGGUUGGCUGUUUCAGGACCUUUCAGGAUAUCUACAUGAAACCUCAACUUCAGGAACUAGCUGCUUACUGGAAUGUGAAAACAUUGUUUGUUCUGAGCCAGGAGCACGAUAUGAAACAUCUUCUGAGGAGUUACCAGGAAAAAACUUACCUUGGACGUAUAAAUGGUGAUAUGGUGAAGAAUUUUGUAAACUCGUGCAGAAAGAAACCAUUCAUUUUGAUUUGUGGAUCCAUAACGUUCAAUAAAGAUAUCCUUAACUAUCUCAGCAAGUUAGGCCUCUCAGAAGAUUUGUACUUUGUGUUUUAGACCACUAGAACCUUGUUACUGUGGAGUCAAUUCUGCAACAACAGAGAAGCUUCUGUUAUUAUUAGAAGACUCUACUCUAAAGACUUAAACCAAUAAAAUUGAGCAGAACUGAAAUCUAGAAAUGAGAAGUGUAUGUGUGCAGAUUACUGAAUAACAAGGCAAAAGGGCCAUCAGUGGUUCUAAAUCGCAUAAUCCAUGAGAAUCAUAACAGAGGGAUUUGGUAAAAUUAUGGUAAAAGUCUAUAAUUCAACAGAACUGUUUAACUGUACAGUGAACACUCAUAUUUGUACCGACAAGCCAUUAUUCUUCUUCUGCUUUUCUUUUCUGAUGGCACCCUUAUGCAAGAAUGUAGUCCCAAAAAUAUCUGUUGCUGUUCAGAAUCUUUGGUAAAUCUCUAUGAUCUGUGGAUUCCACAAUGCUUCAGGGUUGCCUAAAGCUGCAUCUAAAGAAAAUGAGUUUUACUGAAAUAACUUAUAAAACUGUAAACCUUACACCUUUCUGUAAAAUUCCCAGUCACAGUUUAAUUGAAGACCACAUGAAAACAGGAGCUGAAGUAAGUAGCCUGGCUGGUUUGUUGAUCACAACUCCUCUGCCUGUUCUACAUUGUCUUUAAUUUCCCAGUCUUUCAAAAAAUUACCUUCUGUCUUAUAUACCACCAAUAUUUUAGCCUCCAAAAAUUCUAGAUAAAGAAUUUCAGAAACUCAGCACCCUCUUCAAGAAGAGUAUCUUACACCUCCUUUGAUAGAGACAUCGCCACUCCGUCACCUGUGAUAGUUUCCAGCAUCAUUUUAAUGGUGAAUAAUUAUUCACAGAAUAAAUGUUGUGUCUUACCAUUAUCUUUUUUUUGCAGGGCACGCAUUCAGAACUGCUUUUUAAAUGAAAUAAAAUUUACUUAUAAAACUCUUUGCUUACACUGGACAAAAAAGAUUUUGCUUCUUGAAUAUUUUUGGGUGUAUCUUAUGAAUUUUGGGCUGUUCAAUUCAUAAUUCAAAUCAGAAUAACUAACACCAAGAUUAAGGAAGGUAUUUUUGUUGGUCCAUAAGUCAUUAAUGACAGGUAAUUCGAAGAACUUUUUAGUGGGACCGGAGAAAAUCACAUGAAAGGCAUUCAAGGAUGCUGUUGAAAAUUUUCUUAGCAGCUACAGGGAACCAAACUACGUGCAGUUGGUUGACAAUGUGCUCCAAGCAUACAAAACCAUUAAGUGUAACAUGUCACUAAAGAUUCAUUUUCUGCAUUCCCUUGCAAAUCUUGGUGCAUUCAGUGACCAGUGUUGUGAAAGGUUGUGGUCAUGGAGAAAUGGUAUCAGGGCAACUAGAGUCCAUUAAUACUGGUCUUCCUUGGUGCAAAAUCACUAGAGAACUGUAACAUGCUUAAUUUUAUGUUGAUGAAGAUAAACUGGAAAUGUUAAUUGUUUCUAUUGAACCUUUUUUGGAGUCAUCGGAUAACUUCAUCUGCCAAAAGUCAUUGUGUUAACAGAACACUUAGAAGUUCUUGAAUUACAUGAGAAAUCCAUAAUUUGUUAGUUUGUAAACAUACUGCUUUGCCAAAUGUAUUUAUAUGUGCUUCUAAAACCAAGUGUGGAAGAGCAUUGAAAAAUUUAAUUCAAAUAAACAAUUGAUGCCUGGUUAUACCGAGCUCUUUUCAAAGUCCAUUUAUUAUCAAAGGACAUGUAUGUCACCAAAUGGAUCCUGAGAUUACUUUUCCUGUGGACAUUCCCAGAAAUACAAAGAAACAAUUGAAUCACUGCAAACCCACAGGCAAACAAACAAUAUGCAAAAGACAACAAACUGUGCAAAAACAAAAAUAAAAACUAUGACUAAUAAAUAAGGAAUAAAUGUCAAGAACAUGAGAUGAAGAGUCCUUGAAAGUGAGUCCAUAGGUAGUGGGAGCAGUUCAGUGUUGUGGUGAGUGAGGUUAUUCCCUCAGGUUUGAGAGCCUGAUGGUUGAGAGUUAAUAACUGUUUCUGGAUCUGAUAGUGUAGGUCCUAAGGCUCCUUCCGGACUGCAGCAGCAAGAAGGGAGCAUGGUCUAAUCAAGACGUACAAAAAAGCAUGGUCUGGAUGCUCUGCUGAUCUUGCAAGUAAGGAAUUCAAACAUACUCAAUUUAUCAAAUGUUCAGUAUCUGUAACUGAUAAGCCAAUUCUCCAUAAAAAAAUAGCAUUCUUCUG